CUAGCUUCCUGUUGCAUGUUUCCGCACAGUUGCCUCUGCAGACAGUUUUCCACGCAGUCGGUCAGCGCGUGACUGCAGUUUUCAACAAACACUUUUGCGAGAAGUCCGCAAACGCGUUUCUCCGUCCGUCUGCGGAUCAAAGUGUGCGCAACAUCAUGUCGCUGCCGCAGCAGCUGCGAGACGAGAGUGACUUUGAUCAGCUGCCGCACAACAUCCCCAUCAAUGCCAACAUCGCUGAUAUCGAGGAGAAGAAAGGCUUCAUUGACUACUAUAUGUUUGUGAUCGAGGUGAAGACUAAAGGAGGGAGUAAGUAUUUCAUCUACAGGAGGUACAGAGAGUUUUUCAACCUCCACCAGAUCCUCGAGUCCAAGUACUCUCCAGAAGACCCAGAGAAGCCCGGACCCAACACCUGCAUCCUGCCUACUCUUCCAGGAAAAGUCUUCAUCGGCAACAAGGAGGAGAUCGCAAAACGUAGAAUCUCUGAACUCAACAUAUACAUGAAGAGGUUGCUGGGUCUACCGACAUGGUUUCUGCUGGAGGAAGCUCUCAGGAUGUUUUUCUACCAGACGGACCAGGACAGCCAGCAACAACCGCGAGCCCUUGCGCGUCUCCGCCCAAAUACUCGCAAAGUGAAGACAGUCAAACCAAAGAUGGACCUCUUCUCCUCCCCCAGGGCUGAGGUGAUGUUUGACUUUCGCGGCAACGGCAAGGCGGAGUUGAACCUGAAGAAGGGAGAGGUGAUCUUCCUGCUGCAACGAGUUAACGCAGACUGGCUGGAGGGCACGGUGAACAAUCAAACAGGUAUUUUCCCACAAUCCUUUGUGAAGAUCAUCAAGCCCCUCCCAGAGAGUGACUCAGAAGGUGAAGGUAGAGGACCCACCUACAGCUGUCUGCGCUGCUUCCUGCUCACCCCCUCUGGAGUCCAAACCAGAGACGUGUGUGUGCAAGAGGACCUCACAAUCGAACCAACGUACAAGGACUUACUGUCUCGUAUGAGGAGCGUCUUCAAAGUAGACGACAUCGCUGUGAACUACCGUGACCCCGAGGGCGACCUCAUCCGCAUCCUUGAUGAUGAAGACGUCCAGCUGAUGAUCAAAGAGAGCAGAGGUCAGCAGGGGAAAGUCAAGAGACCUGUCAAUCAGUUUCCGUGGGAACUGCACGUGACCUUGGCCUCUGACCUUUCUGUUUACAACACUGAGGCCUGAGAGGGUGGAGGUCAUGGGAAGAUAUUUAGUAAUCUUACAUAAAAUCAAUGAACUUGACCAAGUGAAUAUUUUGCUGGUAUCGCUUGUGUAUGAUUCUCUUGUCCAUUUAGUUACAGCCUCAUUUAUGGUACAAAUAUCACUGCUUUUUUAGUUCAUGGCCGAUACAUUUCACUUAGUAAUAAACUAAUUUAAUCACA